AUGUUCCAUUACAUUACAUUUUUGCAAACGCAGAAAAAGGCGAAACAAGGCCACACCACCAGCUGACCGCCGAACGGAACGAGCCCGGCGGGCGGAAGGGAGAGAGCGCGCCAGAGCGGCGCCGAACAACCCUCGUCCACCGCACUCUCCUGGACCGUGGCCAUGGCCAUGGCCGCCGCGUCCCGAUCCCGGGCGCUGUGGGCGUCCCGCGCCGCCGCCUACCUCAGGAUCUCCACCUUCCCCAGGGCCUUCUCCACCGUGCUGAAGGAUCUGAAAUAUGCUGACACUCAUGAAUGGGUGAAGGUUGAGGGCGAUUCAGCAACCGUGGGGAUUACUGACCAUGCCCAGGAUCAUCUGGGUGAUGUUGUCUACGUGGAGCUGCCAGAAGUUGGCGUCAGUGUAUCCCAGGGGAAGAACUUCGGUGCUGUCGAGAGCGUGAAGGCGACCAGUGAUAUCAAUUCACCAGUGUCCGGAGAGGUGGUUGAGGUGAACCGGAAGCUAAGCGAGGAGCCUGGGUUGGUGAACGCAAGCCCGUACGAGAAGGGGUGGAUUAUCAAGGUCAAGCUCAGCGAUUCAGGCGAGCUCAGUUCGCUCAUGGAUGGUGACAAGUACUCGAAAUUCUGCGAGGAAGAAGACGGUCAUUGAAGAAAUCAGAGGGUCUUCUGAACACCAAGGACCUCUGUCUCAAGCUCUAUCACUGCUUUCUGGUCUGGACACCUGCUGUGACAAAUUUAAAUUGGCAAGGUUCAUUGCAUGGAAUAAAUUAGUUAGGAUUUGCCCUAUUCUACCAGGGCUUGGGAAA